AUGGUGGUUUCUGAGUCUGAUUCUGGAAAGGUUAAACCAAAAUCACCACCACAAUUGCAUCAAGAAGACUCUUUGUUUCCUGCACCAAUUCGACAGAAUUCGGUCUUCUCACUUACUCUUGAUGAGUACCAAGUCAGGAGUGGAAAGUCUUUUGGGUCCAUGAACAUGGAUGAACUCAUCAACAGCAUAUGGAAUGGAGAUGAAAACAUACUCUUUUCGGUAUCCAGCCAAGACGAACUGAAUAAUGAUAAACACAUGGCUGACCAGACUGAUCUCCCCCGACAAGCAUCUUUCUCCAUCCCUCCUCCACUUUGCAAGAAAACUAUAGAUGAGGUGUGGUCUGAAAUCAACAAAAACAAACAGCAGCAAAAUUCCAACAACGAUGGCAGUAACGAUUCAGUUCAAGGUGAACAAACCUUUGGGGAGAUGACUUUGGAAGACUUUUUAGUCAAAGCAGGGGUUGUUCAAGACGUGUUUGUUGAAGAAGCAUCAGGCUCUUCCAAGCGACAUAUGCUAACACCUACUCAACGUUCCGGGAGCUUUCCAAAUAAUAAUACAAACUUGGAGACAACCUUUGGCAUCGGAAAUAUGAUGGGUUUGGAAUUCUCCGCUUCACAGAAUUCUGGUAACAACUUGUCAAGCAAUGAUCUUGCAGCCUAUCUUGCACAAGGUAAUAAGUUUCCAGGAGAGUCAUCCAAUACUAAGGAAGAAGAAAAAGGAGAAAGUGCACCACAGCCAGGUGGGCAGAGAGGCAGAAAGAGGACAACAGAUGGUACACUUGAGAUGGCGGUGGAGCGUCGACAGCGUAGGAUGAUAAAAAAUAGAGAGUCCGCAGCCCGAUCACGAGCCAGGAAGCAGGCUUAUACUGUGGAGCUGGAACUAGAACUGAAUCAGCUUAAAGAAGAAAAUACAAAGCUCAAGAAAAUUGUGGCCGAGGCUGAACGUAAGCGGAGAGAAAAGCAAGCUAUAGAAGGUAAGGAAGCAACGAAGGCACAAAAGAUAGCAAAACAGUUGAAAAAGCUGAGGAGGACUGUCAGCGCACCAUAA